GCCGACCGGAACAUUUCCCCGCUGCACCGAGCCACCGGAAGUCCUACCGCUCAUGUGGGUUUGUGUUGACAACAAACAGUUUCUUCGCUAAUUUGCGAUUUAAAGAUUCACAGCGACACAGACGAGCUUCAACUUCAAACAUGUCCGACAACGAAGACAACUUCGAUGAUGGAGAUUUCGAUGACGCCGAAGAGGACGAGGGAUUAGAUGAUCUGGAAAACCCGGAAGAUGAGGACCGGGAGCAUGUGCAGAUCUUGCCGGCAGGAGACGGACAUCUGGCGAACCUGAAGAGGAUCACGACACCGUACAUGACCAAGUACGAGAGGGCCCGAGUGCUGGGGACACGGGCGCUUCAGAUCGCGAUGUGCGCUCCAGUCAUGGUGGAGCUGGAGGGAGAAACCGACCCCUUGCAAAUAGCCAUGAAAGAACUUAAGUGCAGAAAGAUUCCCAUCAUCAUCCGCAGGUACCUUCCUGACGGGAGUUACGAGGACUGGGGCUGUGACGAGCUCAUCAUAACAGAUUAAACUAAAUUAUCCAGUCACACCCUGCAGGUCAGUCAGCUGCUCAAACCCCCCGGAGACUUUAGACUGAUGCAGCCAUCAGUCGCUCAUGUCUCCAUGAGAUCCACAAAGUUUCCAGGUCACUCUGUUGAAAUAUAAACCUUUGAAAUGUAGGUUGAAAAUCUCAGGAUCGGACCGACGGUGAAAUUCAGUUAGAUUCCAUCUGUUUUAUCAGCUGCAGUUUAACCAACAACCACAAGGGGGAAAUGUAACUCAAGUCAAACUUUUACUUUGUUUUACGAAAUCUUCCUGUGUUGUAACUUGUUGUUUUGAAGGAAAGACAUGAUUUGUGUAAAAAAAACUGUUUUAUAGUUUAGAAUAAACUCUUUUGUAUAAAUAA